AUGUCUUCUGAGGAGAUCACACACGCUACCAUCAAGGAUGGCUGGUUCAGAGAAAUCUCUGAGAUGUGGCCCGGCCAAGCCAUGACUCUGAAGGUGAAGAAGGUUCUCCACCACGAGAAGAGCAAGUACCAGGAUGUGCUCAUCUUCGAGUCCACCAACUAUGGCACCGUCUUGGUUCUGGACAACGUCAUCCAGUGCACCGAGCGCGAUGAGUUCUCCUACCAGGAGAUGAUCACUCACUUGGCUAUGAACUCCCACCCCGACCCCAAGAAGGUGCUAGUCAUCGGCGGCGGUGACGGAGGUGUCCUGCGAGAGGUUGUCAAGCACGAGUGUAUCGAGGAAGCUGUCCUCUGCGAUAUCGACGAGGCCGUCAUCCGUCUCUCCAAGCAAUACCUACCCGGUAUGGCUGAAGGUUUCAAGCACCCCAAGGUGAAGGUGCACGUCGGGGACGGCUUCAAGUUCCUAGACGAUUACAAAAACGCCUUCGACGUAAUCAUCACAGACUCGUCGGACCCCGAGGGUCCCGCCGAGAGCCUCUUCCAGAAGUCAUACUUCCAGUUGCUGCACGGUGCUCUCCGACCCGGCGGCGUCAUCACCACCCAAGGUUCUGAGAACCAGUGGCUCCACCUACCGCUCAUCGCCAAGCUGAAGAAGGACUGCAACGAGGUGUUCCCCGUAGCCGAGUACGCGUACACCACCAUCCCGACGUACCCGUCAGGCCAGAUCGGCUUCAUGGUGUGCUGCAAGGAGGAGGGCCGCGACGUUAAGAAGCCCCUACGAUCCUGGACCCCUGAGGAAGAGGAGCGUCUGUGCAAGUACUACAAUGCUGAGAUCCACAAGGCCAGCUUUGUUCUGCCUACUUUUGCCGCGAAGGCUCUCCAAUAG